AGUCCUCCGCUGCCGCUCAUCCUCUCGGCGCGUCGCUUACUGAGGUCAAUCCUUCUGCGGGGUCUUUGCUCUCUCCUGCAGCUGCUGCCAGCUCCCGGUUGUCGCCGCGAUGGGGAUCCUGGACUCGGAGCCUGGCAGUGUUCUCAACGUUGUGUCCACGGCGCUCAACGACACCGUGGAGUUCUACCGCUGGACCUGGUCCAUCGCAGAUAAACGUGUGGAAAAUUGGCCGCUGAUGCAGUCUCCAUGGCCUACAAUAAGUAUUAGUACUCUUUAUCUCCUGUUCGUGUGGCUGGGUCCAAAAUGGAUGAAGGAUCGAGAACCUUUUCAGAUGCGCUUAGUACUCAUCAUCUAUAAUUUUGGGAUGGUUUUGCUUAACCUUUUUAUCUUCAGAGAGUUAUUCAUGGGAUCAUAUAAUGCAGGAUAUAGCUACAUUUGCCAGAGUGUGGAUUACUCUAAUAAUGUUCAUGAAGUCAGAAUAGCUGCAGCGCUGUGGUGGUACUUUGUAUCGAAAGGUGUUGAGUAUUUGGACACAGUGUUUUUUAUCCUAAGGAAGAAAAACAACCAAGUUUCUUUCCUUCACGUAUACCAUCACUGUACCAUGUUUACAUUGUGGUGGAUAGGAAUUAAAUGGGUCGCAGGGGGACAAGCAUUUUUUGGAGCCCAGAUGAAUUCCUUCAUACAUGUGAUUAUGUACUCAUACUACGGGUUGACUGCCUUUGGCCCAUGGAUUCAGAAGUACCUUUGGUGGAAACGAUACCUGACCAUGUUGCAGCUGGUUCAGUUCCAUGUGACCAUUGGGCACACAGCUCUGUCUCUCUACACGGAUUGCCCCUUCCCCAAAUGGAUGCACUGGGCUCUAAUUGCCUACGCCAUCAGCUUCAUCUUUCUCUUUCUCAACUUCUACGUUCGGACAUACAACGAGCCUAAGAAAUCAAAAACUGGAAAAACAGCCAUGAAUGGUAUUUCAGCAAAUGGUGUGAACAAAUCCGAAAAACAGCUAGUGAUAGAAAAUGGAAAAAAGCAGAAAAAUGGAAAAGCAAAAGGAGAGUAAAAUGAACUGGGUCUUCACUGUUGUUGACAGUGAGGAAACUCCCAUGUCAUAGAAAAUUUCAGGGAAAACAGAAGCAUAGAGGGCUUAGGGUGGGGAGAAAAGGCAAAUGUGGUCUAUGUAACCUUUAGACUGAGUUAAGUGUUAAAUACAAUACCCAGAUGUUUUAUUUAUGAAGUUUUUAUUUUAAAGAUUUUUUUUUUUUUUAAAUUAGCCUUGAUGUCCAGACCAAAGCAAUCAUUCUGUGACUUUGGAGACUCCCUCUGCUCACAUCCACCUGUCUAAUGGAUGCAAUUUUUCAUGUAUCUUACACUCACUCAUUUUUCAGUCUGAAUUUUAGACAAUGACAGAAAUACAGUCUUUAUGAAUUUUUUUGGAUCAUUUACUGAUACCUACAGACUAAAAUCAGUUACACUUUUCUUAUCCAGAGCUCGACAUGGGAAUAUGUUUGAAUUGGCACAUUUGAAGUCAUUUGCUGACCAGAAUGGUCAAACCUCUCCUCCUCUAGUCAGAAUAUACCCUUUUGGUUGUAAUUAAAAUGAUAAAAUCUUCUGAUCUCUAUAGAAUCUAAGAGGCUUGAUGAUGAUGGUGUUGGUGAAAAUAACCAAGAAUUACAGU